CUUUUUUUCUUUUUUUUUAUUACCUCACAAAUAUCUAUACAGAAAUGUCAGAGAAUAUCAUUGGGACGUCCUCUUACUCAGAAGCUAUGGAUCUAUCUGAUCUUGACGACUGCGGUUACGACCAAGAAUCCACCGCUUCCCCAGAAGCCACUGUAGCACCAGAACCGGGCCCAGCAGCAUCGUCUGCCGAUACACCACCCAUCAAAAUCAGAAAGAAGCCCGGCCGAAAGCCCAACCCUGCCUCACCUGCCUUACGUAAAGCACAAAACAGAGCUGCCCAACGCGCCUUCAGAGAGCGAAAAGAAAGACACAUGAAGGAUUUAGAGACAAACAUUCGUGGUAUCCGUGAACACAGAGAUAAACUUUUACGGGAGAAUGAAACCAUGUCUACCGAGAACGAGAUUUUAAAGGCUGAAAAUUGGUAUCUCAAGGGAAUCGUGCUAUCCUUGCAACUCGUUUGUCUACAACACAACUUAGUCAUUCCUCAACAUUGUCCCCAUAUUGACGAAAAGACUCUUGGCAUCCUUAACCAAUCCAUUCCAGACACAAUUGCUGCUUACAUUAACGUCAAUUCUAAAAAUAAAUUACAAAUAUCCACAAGGCUCAUGAACGACUCGCCAGAGAUUUCAAACAUUCAACUACAACAACAGCAGCAUCAAGAAAGAAUGAAGCAACAAUACCAACAACAACAAACUUCUGUUCAUGAUCCCUUAAGAUCAGUACUGCAAUUUCAAACACAACCUAUUCCCCAACAACUGCCACAAGGUUCUUUAAUCGUUACACGAGAUGGUAUCCAGAAAGUUGCCGAUAAACAUACUCCACCUGCCAACAGUUGGUACCAUAACACCAAUAAAGAUUCACAACAGCCCAUCUAUGACCAAAAGCAACCUUCGCCGGCUGCAGAAGAUAAUAGUCAAUACAAUGUACCUCCUCCUCUAUCUCCUAUGUCUGCCUCCGAUCAAGAGAAAUUAAAUUCCAAUACCACCAACAAAAGCAAUAUGUUUGGCACCGAUCACGGUGGAGAGUUACCUCGACCUGUCCUGCUAGCUGAUGAACCUGUCUCUUCAAAUUUAGCUGCCAUUCAAACUUUAAGGUUAAGGUUACGACUUCAAUCUGCUUGUGUUCGUAUGGAGUCCAUUCCGUUUGCAAUCCAACCCACUCUAUUGCAGCUCACGAUUCCUCAUGACCCACGUAUCGACCUAAUUCCUACACCUCACAUGCGUGACCGAAUGAUCCUCUACAGAGAUCAAUUCGACCUGGAUGAUUGUUUCAGAUGCUUAUUAGCGGGUUCCGUAUUUCAUGGCGGGGAUCCAGCCAUUGCUGGCAACUGGCAACUUCCUUCCGAAUUCUUUGAAAAAUAUUGGUUCUUGACUAUCGAUUACAAUUUAAGAAGGUAUACUAAUGAAUGGCGUAAAUUACAAGGCUUAAAAGAAAUCAAUACAAACACAGCAACUAUACCCAAUGAAAAACAGCAACUUCACCCUCAGACACCCGGAUUUCAUCCUUCUCCCAACACCACCAACACUACCACGAAUAAUACAGGUCUUAGUUAUCAGGAUCUGUCAAGUUACUUGGGUGUUCAAAUCGAUUCGAAGCAACAACAGCAGCAGCAUCAACAACAACAACAGCAACAGCAACAGCAACAAAACCAACAGCAGCAACAGCAGCAGCAACAAAACCAACAGCAGGAUAGUUCCAUGUUGACUCCUAUACAAUUGAUGAAUGGUUAUGGCAUCUUGAAUACCGCGGCUGGCGAAACCCAGAAAUCAAAACCCGCAGCACCCCCUCUACCGCCUACACAGUCAUCUUCCUCCUCACCUUCGCCGUGGGAUAACAUAUUGAUGGGGCAAAAAAAUUAUGAUAUGAUGAUGACGGGCAUGUACAAUAAUAACAGUGAAAUGGAUCAACGGCCUCAUUAAUUUAUAACGGGUUACAUGUCAGGGAAAUUCAGGUGUUAAAUAUAAAUAUGAUUGGACAAUUUUACUUAAUAAAACCCUGGCCUUUGAAGUCUUACUCCAGA